AUGCCGAACGACAUCUACAAAUGGGAAGAGGGCGGUGGCUUAGUACACCACUGCCCCAUCUGCGAGACACCGCUUUCGCAUGAAAAGUGCAGAAGCGUCUGCCUCGGGAACCACGUGGAGUGGUGCAGCCGAUACCACACUCAGCUUUUCAGAAAGGGCUGGACAAGCCAGUGUGCACCAUGCAAGCACAGCGAAGAUCAGCAUGACAGGCGGCAUCGUCAAAUUGCUGAGCUUCUACGGCAACUCAAGAAUCUCCGCGACAAAGACGGGCCAAAGUCAACGACCUUGGUUGAGGUUACCGUGCCUAAGUUGCUCAGUGCGACUCCAAAACGGAAGAAGGAUCGAAAGGCAGCUAAGAAGGCAGCCAAGGUGGCCAACAGGGCGAAGUUCAUCACUCAAGCAGACAUCGAGACCGUAGCGAAAGUGCUUCACCCUUGCGACCUCGAUGAGGACGAGGCAACCGAAGAGAGGCAGUUGCUCGAAGACCCUGACAUCAAGCUCAACCUUUACUUCCAUAAAGGUACGAGCAACACCCGUGAGGUGCGCUACCGCCACCUCAGACCCCAGACAGGUGAAGUGGAUGAACAUGAGGUCAGCGAGCAGGACGUAGACGACCUAUUGGCGGCACUGGGUGCUCCGUUGGCAAAGCUGGUCAGAAACGCUGAAGAACGCCGACUGAUAGAUGCUAUCCGGAAGGCCGUGCAGGAGGACAUGGUCAAUGUAGCAAAAGAAAGCCAGCAGACCAUGAUUCGCAAAGCUGGCUUCUGGCGGUGGGCAAGCAGAAAGGCGUACAAUCGCUUGAUGGAGAACGGUCGACUGUGGGAUCAGAGCUCUGAUAGUGCACAAGAGCUGAAUAGGAAGGACUCAGCCGGACCGAAUGCAGAGGAAGCAGUGAUCGAAGCGUCGUCAGCCACCAUACCGUCAUCUGGAAAAGCGAAGGACCUGGAUCUUGUCGAGCCGAACACUCCGGUUGGCAAGGAGAAACAGCCAGCAACACCACGAUCGCAAUAUAUCAAGUCAUUAGGAGACAAGACAUCUGUCGGCGGUAAGGUGGCUGAUGCCUGGACACAAGUUGGCAAGGUCAAGCGCAUGGCCACCCCAACGGGUACCCUCAAGCUGUCAGGUAAUGGAGGACUUGCUAAGCUGCAACUGACGCCGAAGGGCGCGUACGGCGCACUCAUCUCGGAUAUGGGCAAUGGCUGAGCAUUGUAGAGCAUGAUGCUUGGUGGGUGUGGUAGGGAUAUGGAGGUAAUCGCAGGUGACCGCGAACCUUUGGUCCUUGCAACAAGGAUAUUUCAUGAGUCAGACGCGUUGGUAGCGCUGGCGGAAGUUGACCGACGGCACACAUAGCGCCAACCGCGAUGGUGUACUAGCUUGUUAGCACACGGCCAACCUGGUACCCAUUUCUAUCC